ACAUUAGGUCACCACUCUGCAGCGUCGACAGAUCCGCCCAUACAUUUCCACACAUUGUACCAUUGGUGGGCACGUUUCAUCAACCUCUUUGCUAUUGGUCCAUAAAGCUGUCAACCACGUCCUCUCCUUUCCUCACUAGACAAGAUCACUAGCAGAGUGAUAUUCACAAAGAAGGCGGCGAUGAUUUCGAGCCAAGUGAUACUGCUGUGAAGUGUUCGGCGAACCACUACGGGCGUGUGACAACAAUUUAGUUGAUUUUAGACCUUUAUCGAAUUUACCCAUGUCGCUGUUGAGUUGUAUUGACUUGAACGUUUUGAAUGAAUCGAUCUCGUUAUCAUUCAGGGCCAUAUGUUGAGAAAAUCGAGCGGAGGAAAAAGAAACGACAGUUUCGGAGGCUGUCUGGACCGGAGGACGAAGCGGCAAGCUAAUAGUAACUCACACAGCUGAGGUGCCAAGAGGGAUAUAUACACGCUCAAAGUGACAUCGCUAACAAACAGGGCACGGAACAGGAUAAUCUUGCCGAGGAUAACCUUGUCAAUCUCCUGGCGUCGAGAAGAAGAUAAAUUAGUUUGCUUGGUGCGAAGAUAACACCUGACUACGCUGGCCAAUACUGUCAGCUCAAAAUAGAAAGAAAAACAAAACAAGCGUCCAGCUGCCGUUCAGUGUUUUUUGAGGAUGAACCACUUAUCCCUCAGCGAGCUAUGUUGCCUGUUCUGCUGUCCACCAUGCCCCAGCAAGAUCGCCUCUAAGCUGGCCUUCCUACCCCCAGAGCCCACCUACAGCCUCAUGUGUGAUGAGAGUGGCAGCCGAUGGACGCUGCACCUCUCUGAGCGUGCCGACUGGCAGUACUCGUCUCGUGAGAAAGACGCCAUUGAGUGUUUCAUGACACGCACCUCAAGAGGGAACCGCAUUGCCUGCAUGUUUGUCCGCUGCUCACCUAAUGCCCGGUACACUCUAUUAUUCUCCCAUGGAAACGCAGUGGACUUGGGCCAGAUGAGCAGCUUCUACAUUGGCCUGGGUUCACGCAUCAACUGCAAUGUCUUCUCCUACGACUACUCGGGUUACGGGGCCAGUUCUGGAAAACCCUCGGAGAAGAACCUGUACGCCGAUGUAGAUGCUGCCUGGCAGGCACUCCGGUCACGGUAUGGCAUCCGGCCAGAGAACGUGAUCGUGUACGGCCAGAGCAUUGGCACCGUGCCCUCAGUGGACCUGGCUUCUCGCUAUGAGAGCGCUGCAGUCAUCCUCCACUCCCCGCUCACCUCUGGCAUGAGAGUGGCCUUCCCCGACACGAAGAAGACCUACUGCUUUGACGCCUUCCCAAACAUCGACAAGAUUUCGAAGGUAACGUCACCAGUACUGGUGAUCCACGGUACGGAGGACGAGGUCAUCGACUUCUCCCAUGGCCUGGCGCUGUAUGAGCGCUGUCAGCGCCCCGUGGAGCCGCUCUGGGUGGAGGGGGCUGGACACAAUGACGUGGAGCUCUACGGACAAUACCUGGAGAGACUCAAACAGUUCGUUGCACAUGAGCUGGUCAACUUGUAGAGGAGCUAUAAAAAAAACCAAAAGGGUGGAGAGGGAGGUAGAGAAGAAAGCAAAAGUUUUCUGAAGAGGUUGGUUGAUGGAGAAGGGGUACAACUUUUUCUAUUUUUUCUUUUUUUUUUUGUGAAGUGAUGCAGGUAGAAGUGGUGUUUGUCUGUGUAGUACUGAAGUUUUGGUGGCAGUCCUCUCUUUAAUUAAUAAGCGCCUCUCCCCCUUGGAGCACUAGUUUUCCCGGGCCCAGAGCCUGUCAGUACCGUCCGCUCCACAUGCUGCAGCUGUGAACUUAAAAGUAACCAUCAUUUUUGUUUUGCUUUUUAGAUUUUCUUUUUAUCAUGUUGAAAAUUGCACAUCGUGAAAGUGUGUGAAUGAAAGAGGAAGUGGACAUGUGCACAAACAUACCAUGUGUUCAUGCAGUAUACGAGUGUGUGUGUGUGUGUGUGUGUGUGUGUCACAUUUCUGCUGCCUUUUGAGAAAGACAUGGUCCACGGUUCUUAAUGGAGACGUCUGGUCAGCUCUUGAGGCUUUUGAGGUUCUAAGAAACAGCCUUGCAACAAACUGGACAAGAAGUGUACCAGACUCUUCCUUAUCUAACUGAACUCCAUCUGACUUUGAAGUCAGGUUUGGUCCUACACACUGCAGUCACCAUGACUCUUUUUUUGGAUUACUGUUUUAUUAUAUUUUUUUAUAUUAUACAUGAUAUUUGCACGUAUCAGCUGUCACUGAAGAACUGUACAAGACGAACUGACAUAUCUAGCUGUGCCAGUGUUGCCAAAUGUUUAGUAUAAUAUAUUGUAGAGACUUAGACAAAGAACUUUGUACAAAUAACAUCUAGAAACAUCUCCCAAGCUCUCAUAGCUGUAUUCAGUCUCUACUUCUCUGUUUAGUCCUAAAAUGGUACAAUUUAAUAAAAUCUACAAGAAUAUGAUGCCAGCCACUUAAAAGGUUGGGGCUAUAUAUCAUUGACCAAUAAAGUGUGGGUUAUUUCCUCACACUGUCUUUGAGAACAUUUCCACAGUUGUUACAUCUGAGUUUACCUCUAAGUAUUGUCACUGUAGGAUCAGUAUCACUACGCUGUAGUCGACAAACGUGACCUUUUUUAGAGAGAAAUAAAAUGCUGCAGUUUUGUGGACAAAAUAUCUGACCCCUCUUUAGAAAUAAGAAGUAUUUGCCUUGAUAUAGUAACUAUUAUGAAGCCCAGUGUUGACAAGUCUGUCUUUGGGGCUGAAGAUAUCAAGUUAAAUAAUGUAUGUAGUUAUUAUUACAGAUCUCUUAUGUACCUGAAGCCGAUAUUUCUUGAUGUAUCUAUUUUUUUUAUAUGAUAAAAAUUUAACUACUGUGGCAGCAGCUAACGGUCUGAUCUGAUCAAGACUUAUACUACUAAUGCCAAUCAGGACUGAAUGGUGAACGUUAUUAACACAGCUGAUGUCGACUCACUUUCAGUUCAGGAAGUUGUUUAAAAAAUGAAAAUGUUGUAUUUUAAGUUAUUGAGAAGCAUUUACUUCAGAACAUUUGAGCUGAAAAAUGAGUGGACUCCAACCUUUUUGUUACUCACUCAAUAUGUGUACUGGGACAAUGGUUUAUGUCAGCUUAAGUGGCUCAGCAUUAAAGGUCUCCAUCAUGGACAGAAUGUUUAGCUUUUGUUUGUGUCUAAACUUUAUCUUUUUGUCUGCAUGGUAUUUUUGAAUCCAUUGUCUGUUGAUUUGCCCUUUAAUGCUGAGUGAGGCAAAACAUAAUUAUCCAGCCAAUGACUCCAUUAAGGCACUGUCAGAGCCCUGAAAAGUGCUACUGCAUGCCACAGAUGGCUAGUUUCUGUUGUGUUUUUGGCCUGUAUAACAAACACAGAACUACAUAAGAAAUCUUCAUGAGUCAUUUUCGUAUGGGUAUUUUUAAUACCUGUAUUACACUUGAGCCUUUGUUCACAAAAGGGGUCACAUACUCUUGGUAAGUGACAAUUAACCAAUAAGUCAAUGGGUGCUACUGUAAACCUUCAGGUCUGAUUACUUACAGGUUGAGAGGAAGCAAAGAUAGCUUGAUGUUUGUCAGAUUGACCAUGAUCCAGAUCAGGAUUGGUAACUGUUUGGGUCUGUUGGAACUGUAAUGAAAAGUUGUUGUUUUUUUUCACAACUCAUUUGUCUUAUAAACAAGGUUAUGCUUUCUUUCAUUCUCACUUUGUAAAUAAUAUUUGUACUGGACAUGUUGCCAUUUGUCUUUUUCUUUCACACGCUUUUAUCAUCUGUCAACUGUAGUUCUUCUCUAACUCUUGAUAUGACAACUAUUAGACCAUGGUAGGCCAUCAUUGUGGCUUUUCAGAUGACCUUUGUACUGGUCACUUUGACUAAUGUCAUCUCUGAUUUGAUUAGAUUAAUUUUGUAUAGCAUAUUUCAAUACAAAAGGAACUUAUAUGUAAUAACAAUAUUAAUAUAGUAAUUCUAACAUGGAUAGAGAAAAUAAAAUGGUAUUUGAGAAGCAA